GUGUUUCCGUCAACGCUCGGGAUACCGGCUUUGAAUCGGUCACCUGGGGUCUGAGGGAAGGAGAGAGGCGGGUGGCGGUCGGAAUGAACCUGAGAGACUGAAAAAAAAACAAAAACCCGCAAUACGCGUUUCAUUGGGAGGAAAGAGAGCAAAAAGACAAGGAAAGAGAAUGAGCAGAACUACUUUGUAUUCGCCAGUCGUAAUUUGGAUAGCGAAUGGAAUGAUUCAAAGAAUCACCGAGUUUCAGAUCUCAUUUAUCUGACAAUAUGUUUUACGAGUUAUCAACAACUAUGUCCCAAGCAUCAAAGAACAAACUGAAGAGGCAGAGCCGGGCUUUCUCACAGAUUCUGUAUCGGAAGCUAAGUUACCGUGAGCGACAUUCUGUGACUGAUAGCCCAACUGCUGUAAUGGAUGACCCUUCGGAGCUCUCCAUCCAGCUGUCGACUCCUGGUAUACUCAAGAUCUUUGGCAAUGAAAUUUGCAGUGGCACAAACUACAAAAGUGUCCUGGCUACACCACGGUCGAGUGCCCAGGAGUUGGUUAAAGAAGCCCUUGAUCGCUACGCUGUAAGCAGGAAGUCUGCCACUGAGUACCUGUUGUGUGAUGUGAUUGGAAGGUUUGAGGGAAUAGACAGACACUGGCGGACAGAGUGUCUCCGAGCCCUAGGGGAUAAUGAAAAGCCACUGCUUCUUCAAGAUCUGUGGAAACCCAAAGAGGGGUUUGCCAGAAGAUUUGAGCUUCGAACACGGGCUGAGGUAGAGCAGAUAGCUGCUAAGGAGAAAGAUACAACAACCGCAGCUUAUGCAGUUACAGGUAGAGCACUGAAAUUCGGGGAUGCUCAAGAGGACAGAAUUAAAGGAAUGCAGAUAUCUCGUCAGUUGAAGACUGAAGUAAUAACACCUGUUGCAACUGGGAGGAGCUGCUGCCGCAUAAUUGAGGCCUGGGCCUUGGAUCAGGUGUUGUUGCUGCUGCUGCUGCUGCCGCCUUUGGAAGUCCGGUGGCCUGCUUUUCUCCUCGAUAUAAAUGCUCAAGCACGGAAACUGCAGAGGAACCGGGCAAAAGGCAACAUUUCAACAAUGUCUGACUACAGAUGUAAAUUAGCACCCCUUCGACGCAGCAUCAGUGAGACGAGCCUCGCUAUCACUGAAAAUCAGAGGGAGGAACAACAGAGACUUUAUUCAACACUGCCUGGGCUUCCUGGAAGGAGGAUCAGUCGAUGCAGAAAGGACCGACUUCGCAGCACAAGCAAUAAAGGGGAGCAAGAAAGUAACAUCCACCAGGUGCCUCACCUACUGCUUCUUCAGGGAUACAACUACCAGAGUGAUUGUUUGGUAUAUCGUCUAGAUUAUGAGAAGCAAAUUGUUGGACAAGAGACAGCCUCGGUAAAACCCAGUAUCUGUUUGUCAUCACCCGAUAUCCUUUCUGUGCACUGCAAGAUUAAAAGGGUUAAACGGUCAAACAAGUACAGUCGCUAUGUUGAGGAACAAGUUAUACUGGAGCCAUCCCUGAAUGCCUGCAUUUUAAUAAACUGUACACCAACAGAAGGGUCAACAGAACUCCGGCAUGGCGACCUAAUUGGGUUUGGACAGCAUUAUCUUUUUCUCUUCAAGGAUCCUUUGGGUGCUAAAAAGCUGCCAGCCCACACUUACUCCAUGCUGAGACAUUUGCAUCAUUUGCCUGAGCACACUGGUCGCCGCAGAGCACCCAUCUGUAAAAUGUGUGGCUCUGUUAUUAAGAAUGGCUUAGCAAACACGCACAAAAAUCCCAACUCUUCUGCAAACAGAAGUAACAGUAUUCACAAAAAGAAACUGCAACUAGAGUAUGAAAGGCCCUUUGAAGAUGUGCUGAUCAGUAAAAUCUUCACCCUUAUCGAGCCCAGUGGAGAUGAUCACAAAUUGACUCCAGCUUGCCUGUUGUGUCUGUGUAUUCAGCACUCAGCUACUACCUUCAAGUCAGGUGAUUUUAUGAAGCUUCUUAUGAAGAUUGUGAACAAAUUGCAAGCUGUAGCAUUGGGGAAGACCAGAGAAUUGGCAGAGAAACAGUCUGAACAUUUGCAGGCCAUUAUAAUGAACUUAUUAAAAUAUAUUGAGCUUCCAGCAUCAAAUAGUACCAAAGCCACUUCCAAAGAAUCAUUACUUUCAUCCACAAUUUCAGUCAAUGAAGAGGUAAUGACCAUUCUGGAAGAAGUGAUCAUGCAUACAUUCCAGCAAUGUGUAUAUUACAUCACUAAGUCUCUCUAUGUUACGCUUCCUGCCUUCUUGGAUUGUAAUCCCUUCCAGAUUGAGAGUGGAUAUUCCUGGAUGAAUUUUUCUCCUCUCCCAGAACCGAUUUGCAACAUCAUGCAAAUAUACCAGACAACACUGGACCUCCUCCACCAGUAUGAGGUGCACCCUGAAAUUGCAGCACAGAUGUUUGCUUACCUUUUUUUCUUCUCCAAUGCCUCCCUCUUCAAUCAGCUCAUGGAUAAAGGUUCAAGACAAAGAUUCUUUCACUGGUCAAAAGGGGAACAGAUGCAAGCUAGUCUCCGACUGUUGCUGGAAUGGAUACGAAAUGCAGGAAUGGGUAACAUCGCAGAUGAAUUUUUUUUCAAAUUCACUAGUGCUGUAAGGCUGCUGGCAGUCCCAACGUCUUGUCUCAUACAGUCCAGCUGGAGUAGUCUGAAGAGAGAAUUUCAUGCUCUUAAUGCAUCCCAACUUCUUCACAUAUUAACACACUACCAGCUAGCACCUGGAAUGGGCCCCAUUGCAGCUUGGCAGCCAAGUGCUGAAGAGAGAGAGACAUUGUACAGAACAGAGGACAUUUUGUUAAGUUUUGAUAAAUAUCCUCCAAUAGUGCUGCCCACCAGUAACUUUAAGGUGGAUCUGGAAGCUGAGGCCAUAGAUGACAACAUGUACAGACAUCUACUGUAUAUACGUCACUUCAUUUGGAGCCUACGUACCAAAUCCCAACCAACAAAUGGAUGUUCUGUAACUGAGGAAUCACAGACUGAGUUUCUUGUCUCUCAUCAGUUGUCUUCACACAAUCCAGCCACACCUUACAGUCCCAAGAUUCUGGAUCAGCAAUCCGGGCGAAGUAAUUACCUGAAUAAUAAUUAUGACACCGGGACAUGCAAUAGAAACUCAAGCACCUUCUCGGUCAGUGGAUCAAGCAGAGAUUUUAACCCCUGCCACGAACUUAAAGAAAAACUGCAGAAGCUACAGCUGCAAAAUACUCUGGGAAGGAACAGGCUUCCAGGACACAGCAUACAGCCAUUAGAUCCCUCUAGCCUUUUAACUCCUCCAAACACACCUUUGAACUCAGACCUUCUUCUCAGUGACUCUGUACAAACCAAUGGAGCUGGUAGAGUUUCAUCAAGCAUCAGGAGAAAUGGUGUCUACAAAAGUGGAGCCAGUGAUGGGGAAGGGAGAGCUUAUGACUUACCAACACCAGCAUCUUCCAGCCAGAGUUCAGGAGAAGAUGAUCCAUGUUGUGUAUUUGUGGUGGAGCUGGGGAGAGGGCCCAUUGGUUUAGGAAUGGGACUGAUUGAUGGACUGCAUACAACCUUAAAUGCCCCUGGGAUCUAUAUCAGAACUUUGCUGCCUGACAGCCCUGCAGCCCGUGAUGGGAGACUCAGAAUAGGUGACAGAAUCCUGGCAGUAAAUGGAACCAGCUUAAUUGGAGCAGAUUAUGACAGUGCAGUUAACCUGAUCCGGUCAGCAGGCGAGAGACCAAGAUUCCUUGUUGCCAAGUCAGAUUUCCUCAUUGCUGAGAAGAUCAGUGCAUCAUCUUGUUAGUCUUCACUCACUGAACCAGGGAACAAACAGUGAUCAGUAAACCUUAGCUUAUUUAUCCUCUUCAUUCCUUCAUAGCUAAUGAGCAAGUCCUCACAGAUCACUGUACCUUAGUAUCUGUCAUAACUGUUCAUAUCCAUCUUAGAGUUAAACAACUUUGCUGCCAUUUGCUAAACACAUGAUUUAAGAGUUGUUCCACAUUCACCUUCUAAAUGCUGAACCAAAUAUAGUGAAAUUGUUUGUACAAAGACUUCUCUCACAGCCAGUACUUACUCGCAACUGAAUUCAGAACUUCAGUUCAAAGAUAACAUUCAUGAAUGACUCAAAAUCAGUUCACAUCCUUCAAGUAUUAUAUUCAUGGCAAAAAUCGUUUGUCUUUAGUGAACUUUUUCAGUAUCUAAGCGGAGUUAUAAAUAUACUGGCAUUAUCCAUCAAGCACCAUCAUACAACAGAAUUGAGCAACCCGAAAUCUAAACAAAAUGAAUUAAACCAGUGAAUAUUCCCAUACCUUAAGGCUACUGUUCAUAAAUUGAGGCAAAGCAUGGACACCUCAUUGCAACAAAUGCUGUCACAUGUAUGCAGUUAAAUGAGAGGAUGACAAUGUGUACAAAGGCUACACAGCUCACCAAAGGAGACAGCAGUCACAAUGGGAAAUGAAGAUAAAAUGAACUUUGACAAUAUCUGAUAGUGUUAAAUUAUAAAAUUAAGGACUACAUUAGUAUUAGCUUGUUUUAGUGGUAGCACAGAUGGAGGUUGUGGCUUUAAACCCCUGUACAAGACUUGAAUGUAUAAUAUAGGCUAAUAGUUUUGUGCAUUAAAUAUAAUUUUGGUGCAUAUCUAGUUUGUACAGUUUAGCUUGAAAAGCUACUGCAGUCUGUCUGAUCUGAUCCAGAGGGUUCACUUGGAAACUGAAGGGUAGAAUUUGGAUUUGAUAGUGAAUCAACAGCCUGUUUUACAUCCUUUCCAAUUUCACAGUAGAAACAAAGGAGAGGGGAUUAAAUAGGCUAACUAUCACAUUUAAAAUCCACCCUAAGAAUUUUAAGCAGUGCGAUUUUAACCUCUUCAAUUUUCAAAAUUGGCAGCUACAAUAAUUCCUUCUUACAUUUUUAGACAGUAACUUCAGGGCAGUUAUCACAACUAAACCCAGAAUUAACUGAUGUAGAGAUCAGCUCUAGGCUUGGAAGUAGGUAUCUCCAGGAUUUCUAAUGUAGGUAAGUGAUGGGAGCAAUGUCAGAUCUGGGCUGGUCAAUGGUUGUACAGUAAUGAAAUCUUCAAUUACUGAGGAAAUUGAUAUCAAAGAUGUAAAGGUAUCACUGUAUUCAGAACCUCUGUGCACCAUCACUAUCCAUGUGCCAUUAAAUAGGCACAAACUGGUUUCAUGUUUCAUGGUAAAUUUCUAUGUAUCACAAACCAAAGUGUGUUGCUGAUGAGAUACAAGCUGCUCUCAGAACUUCAAUAAAGCUUCAGUUAAUCAGGGCCAAAAAGAAAAAAAGUGUUCUGAUGAUGUUAUUAAGUGUACAUUAGCUGAUCCAUUAAUUAGGAAUUGCUGUAAAAUAACAAAUUGUGGUCCCAGCAGCAUUCUGUAGAAAUAUUCAAUACCUGUUAGUGUUAAGCCAACCCAUGCCUUCUGAUAGAAAGGCAAAGAUAAUCAGUAAAUGUUAAUUAAUCUAACAGCUAUACAGCAGGCAGCUGUCUAGUAUUGGCAACUUGCACAUCUAUGUCUUUCUUGAAUGUACACUGAGGAUGUCCAAUACAUUCUACAUAAAUAUAUAUAGAUUGCACUCUCAAAUUUUAAGGUGUUAAUUUGAAGAUCCAUUUCAUGCUGCCUUCAUGUUUAAAUCCAUUAUGACUUAUGACUAACUCUAAUCAACCUUGUUGACCAGUGAUGGGUUGGGGUCUCAGGAAUCUUCUAUAAAGGCAAUACUAUAUAAAGUCGUGUUAAACAUGUUUUGAAAACAGAUCCUGUAAGUUACACAAUUAAUGAAAUGACUUGGUAAUUCUUUGUCUGUCACUGAAGAUGUUCAGCUGAGUGUGACUCAGUUGAUUCAACACAAUGUCAGGAAAUUGUAUUACGUCUCUGGGUUGACAUUUCAGUACAACUGAGGAAAUGCUGUAUUGCUACAAGUGCAAUCUUCUCUCAGCUUAUCUUUACUGCUGCCCAAAGCAAUUUCCAAAAUUUUUCAACAACAUUGAAAACUGAUUCAAUUGUUAUUUAUUUCACUGCCAGCUGUGGUACCUUGCCACAAAGACUUGUAUGAGUAAUUAUACUGUAAUUUAAUUCUAAGGGAAGUUUGAAUGAAGUGAUGAAAUGCUACGUAAACAUGAAAGUUUCCUCUGUGUUUGUUCUCCGAUGCAUCUGUAAUCUGCAAACUAACUGCUUCUUAAAAGAUUAUUGGCAUUUUGGGCAUGAAUUGUUGGUGUAACUACAGUAUGUCCAAGGAAACUGGUUGCUAUGAAUAAAACAGCACCAGUGAUCUUCACAGUCAUUGGGACAGCUGUCCUCAACCUGGAUUAAAGUUCUAAGAUUCAUAAGUGGUAUGACAACUCCAGCAGUACCUUAAUGAAGUAAAGUGUUCCUCUAAUCCAAUUGUAGAAACAGUGCUACGGGGAGACCCAAGUGGUUAGGCCUUUUAAGAACAUCCCUCCUUGUGCUCCUGUCUGCCACAUCCUUUGCUGCGUUUGAGAUCAAAGCAGCAUUUGACAGUGUAUGGCACCAUAGUGCCCUAGCAAAAUUGAUGUAAGUGGGGAUCAGGGGACAUUUUGCCAUUGGUUGGAGUCAAACCUAUCACAGGGGAAGAUACAGGCCAAUCAUUCCAGGCCCAGGAACAUUGCUGCAGAUGUCCUCAGGGUAGUGUCCUAAGCCUAAUGCCUUUUCAAUGACCUUCUGGCCAUCAUAAGAUCAGAAGUGAGAACAUUUGCUGAUGUUUGAACACUUCUGUACCAUCCACAACUCAAAUAGAGACUCUAUCUGUGUCUGCAUGCAGCUGCGAGUGCUUUUUCAUUGUUACUGGAUCCAUAACAGCAGUGUAGAUGUGCUUGCAUAUAGGCACUAACAUUCAAGGAUAAUUAAGAAUGCUGUGCUCACUUCACAUGAGCAGAACACCAGAUACGCUACUGAAUGUACCUGCAAUCAAUAUCCUCAGCUGGCCUAUAGUCUGCAUGAGUCAUGAUAGUGAUAAAUCCUUAUAGGAGGCUUGAGUAUACACUAUCAUUAACUGGACCACUUCUUGUAGGGAAGCUGAAGACACUCCACAGGAGAGUACAAAAAGUUAGAAAAUUGCAUAUUACAGUUGUGCACAUACUUAUUUCAUUGAGUGGAUAAUUGUUUAACAAGUGUGUAAUGUGGCACACAGCUGUCUGAUUUCAUAUUGUCUCUAGUUACCCCACACUCGUUUAUGUUUUGUGCUUUAGUGUGAGUAUUAUGGCAUUUGUUGAGUGUAACUGAAUGGGAUAGCAUAAUGAUAAGGGGGAGUGGUGGUCAGACAGGUGGGAAUGAGAAAAUGUACAGACACAGUGUAUGCACGGAAAAGUGGUAUAACGAGUGAUGUGCUAGAGUUGGAAUGAGAAGAGCAAGGAAUAAUACGUUAGCAUGUCAGAGUUUACCAUUAAUCUGAUCUGAAGUGUCAGUGACUAAAUCCCAGCUUGUAUCACAUAGCUCAGCAUCUAUCCCCUCCUCCCACCUCAAGCCGCACCUCCAUCUCCUACCGACCAACCUCAGCUCG